CAACCGGGCAAUGUUCAAGCAAGGCAAUAAUGUAGGAAAUGUAGGCGAUGUAGGCCACCUAGUGAAGUUUCUUGGAACGAUGGCCGCCUAGCCGUGAACCGGAUUAACAUAUUUCUCUACUUUCCAGGAUAAGUCUGACAUCUAUGUUUUUCAACAGUUUUGAAAAAAUUUCGAGCAUAGAAAUGGGAUUCUCGUCUAAUCUUCAAGGGCAGGCUUCCCACGAGGCGCUCCUGGGUAGACAAGAUGCUGAAAUUAAGCUUCUCGAUACAAUGCGUCGAUGUUUGACCAAUAAGGUGAAAUCAGAUCGGGACUAUGCUUCGACAAUAUCCUCCUUAACAACGCAAGGACGAAAAGUUGAACGCAGCGAAGAUCUUGCCGGCAGUUUAAUUGCUCAGAGCUGGAAGGAUAUAAUGGAUUCAGUGGAACAAAGCGCCAAACUGAUCAAGCAGCAAGCUGAUUUAAUGGAGAGUGUUGUUGUAGAGCACAUAAGUAGCCUCCAUACGGAAAGAAGGCGGGCUCGUAAACUUUACCAAGAAGAGCACACCUGGUUAAACAAUCAAUUUCAGCAGUUAACCGACGAUGUAGCUAGGAAAAAAACUGAAUAUCAAAAAAGUCUGGAGGUAUACAAAUUGAUGAGAUCUCGUUUUGAAGAACAUUACGUUAAAUCGGGACGAGGUGGGAGAAAAUUAGAUGAAGUUAGAGAGAAAUACCAGAAGGCAUGCCGAAAACUUCAUUUAACUCACAACGAAUAUGUGUUACUACUUGGAGCGGUAACUGAAUGUGAACAUGAUUUACGAACUUCUUAUCUACCUAGUUUACUACAACGUCAACAAGCUGUUCAUCAAGAAUUUAUUGUAACAUGGAAAAGUAUUCUGCAAGAUAUAGUAAAAUACUCAGACUUCACAACUGAAAAGUUUCUAGAAAUUCACACGCGAAUGGAAAAAGCUGUAGAUACUAUUAAACCUAUUGAUGAGUAUAAAGAUUUCAUUGGAAAACAUAGAACCCGCCCAGCAUCCCCAAUAAGAUUUACGUUUGAGGAAAAUCUUGUUGACGACACAUCUGGGAAACUGCUGCCAAACAAAUUAACUGUUGAUAAUCUAACGAUAGAUUGGCUACGCAGCCGACUAACAGAGCUGGAAACAUCACUCAAAACUACACAGUUGAGCAAACAGGCUAUGCUAUCACCCCCGGAAACUAUCUGUGAUUCUAAAAUAUUAAGUGUCGAUUACUCACGAGAAAGGGAAGAGCUGCGGCAGCGAUGUCAGGAGAAGAAAUUACUGAGGCAAGCAGAAGUGAUUAGAGGGGCCCUCAAUGAACUUGGCUGCGAAGAAUUGCCGUCUGGUUGCGAUCUCUCAAUGGAAGGAUCUUUCACGGAACCAGCAGUAAACAACAAAAGAAAUACAGUUCCAGACAUUGGUUUCUUUACAUUGCGCAGGAAUCAGCGUAUUGUUACAUUAUUAAAAUCUCCAUUCAAAUCAUUACCUUCGAUAAGCAAUGAAAAGAAUGGUCUAGUUAGAGCAAAUAGUGAGGGCCCGAUGACACAGCGAAUUGACACUCCACCGGUUGUACCACUACGUGGAGUCUCCAAUUUAAGUAAUACUCAAAAAGGUGGAGGAGGCCUGAUAGAAGAAGAAUGGUUUCAUGGUGUGUUGCCUCGGGAAGAAGUUGUGAGACUUCUCGUCAAUGAGGGUGACUAUUUAGUACGAGAAACUACAAGAAACGACGAAUGUCAGAUUGUACUUUCAGUUUGUUGGGACGGACAUAAACACUUUAUUGUACAAACCACAUCUGAGGGACACUUCAGGUUUGAAGGUCCUUCAUUUCCGUCGAUCCAAGAAUUGAUAAUUCAUCAAUGGCAGUCUGGUUUACCAGUAACUAGUCGAUCUGGUGCUAUUUUGAGAACGCCCAUUUUAAGGGAACGGUGGGAACUCAAUAAUGAUGAUGUAGUUCUUCUAGAUAAAAUAGGCAGAGGUAACUUUGGCGAUGUGUAUAAAGCUCAAUUGAAAUCAUCGAAAAUCGAUGUAGCAGUUAAAACGUGCAAAGUAACUUUACCGGAUGAACAAAAGAAGAAAUUUUUACAAGAGGGACGGAUUUUGAAACAAUACGACCAUCCGAAUAUAGUGAAGCUUAUUGGAAUCUGUGUACAGAAGCAACCUAUUAUGAUCGUUAUGGAAUUGGUACCAGGUGGUUCACUCCUGACCUACUUGAGAAAAAAUGCAAGCACUAUAACUCAACGCGAACAACUUAGAAUGUGCAAAGAUGCUGCCGCUGGUAUGUGCUACUUGGAGUCAAAAUACUGUAUUCAUAGAGAUUUGGCAGCCCGAAAUUGCCUUGUUGGCUACGAGUCUAUAGUAAAAAUAUCGGAUUUUGGAAUGUCGCGCGAGGAAGAAGAAUACAUUGUUUCUGAUGGCAUGAAACAAAUACCGAUUAAGUGGACAGCACCAGAAGCAUUAAAUUUUGGCAAAUAUACUUCUCUUUGCGAUGUUUGGAGCUAUGGUGUUUUGAUAUGGGAAAUAUUCUCAAAAGGAGGAACCCCAUACAGUGGAAUGUCAAACUCAAAGGCACGAGAGAAAAUUGACGCGGGAUAUCGAAUGCCUAUCCCAGAAGGAACUCCAGAUGAAAUUUACCGGUUAAUGUUGCGCUGUUGGGAGUACGAGCCAGAAAAAAGGCCGCAUUUUGAACAGAUAUACACCGUUGUUGAUACAUUGUCGCAAGCGCUGUAACGCAAAAUGCACCCCGCGUGUAAUAUCUGACUGCGAAAAACAUGAGAGCUUUUACCGUAAUAAUUCACCUUAUUACCCAAAUGACGGGUUUACCGAUUAUAGGUUCCUUUAUACAUGACUUCUUUUGCUACACACACACACUUGUCCAUUUAUAUGUGUAUAUUUUAAACCAGCGUGCUCAAGUCGAAUCUAAUUCACUUCUCAUUAUGAAAGAUACCACGGUGGUAUGAGAAUGUGAGUAUAAUUUAAUUGUUCUGUAUAGUCUCAGCAUCAUGGCAGUUAAAUGAGAAAAAAUUGAUUUGCUGCGUUUUUAUGGUGUUCAUUAUGGUUUUAUUUUUAUUUAUUUUCUUUGAGGUGCUUUUGCAGUUACUCGAGUAUAAAAUAAAAUCUUUCUUCAUCUGAUUUGAGCACGAUCUUUCAAUACAAUGCAGCUUUUAAACAGUGUGUGUAAGACAUUGUGUAUUACUUCGGAGCUGCAAUAUUCGUUUGUAAUAAAAAUAGAGUGAGUUUUUUUUUUCAAAUAGUAUAUUAAACAAGACAAGGUGAACUAGGA